AUGAUGUACAAUAAUAACGAUGAUGAUAAUAGUAAUUCUAAAAUAUUCCUAGAAUAUUUUUUAGAAUAUGGAUUUUUUUCAAUCAUUAUUUUAAUUUUUAUUAAUAAAAAUAAUUUUCCUAAAUAUUUGAAUAAUAAAAAGGAUUUAAUAGGAAAAAUGAAUUAUGAAACUGAUUUUAUAUAUCCAAAUCAUUGGAAAUUCAAUUCUAUAAAUGAAGUAUCACAUAAAGUUGGCAAUAUUGCUAGUAAUAAUACCAAUAAUCAAGACGUUGAAGCCUUUAAAUCUUCAAUAUUUUUAAAAUUUGUUAUCGCAACAUAUUCAAUUUCAUUGAUAAUUUUGGUAUUCAUCAAUUAUUUUGUAUCAGGAACGCAUAACUUACCGCCAGUCAAUGAUGAUGAUGAUCUAAUUCGUAAUGAAAAUGGUGGAAUAGGAACUCUAGAGGCUUCCUAA